AUGGCACAGUGGAGUGGGGCUCGGUCGUGGAGUAUAGCUUGUGGGCCGGUGAGAGGUUGGUUUGAGUGGGUGCCACGCUCAAGUGAAACUACCUUGUGGCUUCUGUCGUCUCAUUCCUCGUGGUUUGAGAAAUUGAUCGGCAGCUUCGACCGACGUCAUCCCGCGAGCUGGGUGCAACCUCGGGGGAAGUUGUUGAGCUCCAUCGUCAACACCCUGUCCAUCGCUCUUACAUCAACACAGCAUCUGGACACGCAGACAAGCUCUUCCAGAAUGCUUCUUCUUGGACUCACAGGCAGCAUUGCCACAGGUAAAUCGACCGUGUCUCAGAUCCUCUCAUCACCGCCUUAUAACCUACCAAUCGUCGAUGCCGACAAAGUUGCUCGUUUGGUUGUAGAGCCCGGCACUUCGGGCUAUCAGCAGAUUGUAAACACCUUUGGUCCAUCGACGCCAGAUCUGCUGCUUCCACCGACGCCUGAAAAUGGGGGAGAGAAUGGACACAGUGGCAAGGGCAGAGCACUCAAUCGCCCUGCUCUAGGUAGACGAGUAUUUGGCGAGGGCGCAGAUGAGGACCGGCAGGCGCUGAACAAGAUURUGCAUCCUGCAAUCAGAAAGGAAAUGUACAGGCAGAUGCUUUCUGCGUAUCUAAGAGGCAAUUGGGCGGUAGUUCUGGACGUGCCGCUGCUCUUCGAGUCUGGAUGGGAGCCUUUGUGUGGCACGAUUCUGGUCGUUGCGGUCAAAGAUGCGAAGAUACAGAUGGAGCGACUACGAGCCCGGGAUGAGCAUUUGACCGAGGAGGAUGCGAAGAACCGCGUAGCGGCGCAAUGGGAUGUCAGAGACAAGGCUGAACGAUGUCUCAGACGUGGCAACAAAGCGGGCGUAGUCGUGUGGAAUGAUGGCGGGAAAGAUGAUCUCAAGAGACAAAUAGAUCAGGUCAUGGCGCAGAUCAAGACAGGGAGCCCGCAGUGGUGGGGGUGGUUGCUCCUCCUGUGUCCACCUCUUGCAGUGAUGAGUGGGAGCUGGAGCUACGUUCGUAGCUGGUGGAUCAAGCGGCAGUGGGAGCAGGAGAAGCGGCUCGAGAAGGCGAAGCUGUGA